CUGGUUUAAUUGGCACACAUAUAGGCUGAGUAGUCAUAAGGAAGUGUGCAGAAACCAAACUGUCGAGCUUAUUUAUUCAGUUAGAAGACUGACUAUAACUGCCGUGGAUUAGAACAAUCAGACAAAGAAGAAUGGACAAGUGGAAACGGAGAAUUUGUGCAAUUGGAGUUCUGCUUUCAGUGGUUUCUUCUUCCUUUGCCUUGGAUGUUACUAUUUCACAGCCCACAUAUGAAGUUAUGAGAGGCGAGGAGGUGAACAUCAUGUGUCAUUUUCAACCUAAAAACCAAGUGAAUCGUCUUAUUGUCAUCACAUGGACUGCCGAACCUGAUGAAUCGUUCGAUGAUGAAGGGAUUUCUUUCGGGACCUUUUACUCCGAUGAUGGCCAUGUAGACAUUAAUCAAAUGUAUGAGGGCAAAGCCGAGAUUACAAGUGAUGUAGAUGCAAGAAUCUCACAACUAAUACUGAAACAAGUCACUAUGCGAGAGAGCAGACGCAUCAAAUGUCGAGUUCAGAUUCCUGGCGAUGACAUGGGACAAACUUCAGCCACAACUUUACUUGUGGUCCUGGUUGCACCAUCAGCUCCAGUGUGUAGGAUUCAAGGCACUGCAGAGUAUGGGUAUAACCUUAGCCUGACCUGCGCCUCUGAUGAGGGCUCCCCAGUUCCCACUUAUCAGUGGCAGAGCUACGAUGUCAGAAAUGUCCUGCGAUCUUUUCCACCUAAAACCACUGAGAAAGAUGGAGUCCUUUCUCUGUUCAACGUGUCUAGCGACACAUCAGGUUACUACAUAUGCACAGCGACCAAUAAGAUCCGCUCUGCCACCUGCAACCUCACUUUGGCAGUCAUGCCUUCUACCAUGAAAAUUGGCGCUACAGCAGGCAUCAUUGGAGGGUGCAUUGCAGGAAUUGCAGUUCUUGUGCUGAUCAUUUAUUGCUGCUGCAGAAAAAAGGAGAAGCCAGAGGAGUUUGCAAUGGGGCCUCCAGUGAUAGAAUACCAUGACACAUCGGAGAAAGAUGAAAAAGAAGAAGACCCUUUGGAUCUGAGGAGGGCUAGCAUCGAAGGAGGCAUUGACCAGAGAGAGAAGAAUGAGCUGAAGGCUGAAAAAACCUCUAACUUGCGCGGCUCUGAAGACAGUGAUCGGAAUUCGAAUCGCCGCUUUAACGUUGGUGAUGAUCAGGAAAGAACUGCUGACUGCCGAGAAGAUGAACGUCGUGAGAGGGAUGAGGAUCACAGAGGGCACUAUGGUGAUCGGCAAGAUCGCUAUGAUGACCGCAGAGAUCAUUAUGACGCCCGCCAGGAUAACAGAGAUCGCUAUGAUGAUCGCUAUAAUGACCGUAGGGAUCGUUUUGAUGACCAUCAGUAUCGCUAUGAUGAUCGCAGGGAUCGUUAUGAUGAUCGCUAUGAUGACCGUAGAGAUCGUUAUGACGACCGCCAGGACCGCUAUGAAGACCGUAGAUAUCAUCAUCAUAAUGAACACCAAGAUCAUUAUGAUGACCGCAGAGGUCAUUACGAUGACCGACAGGGUCGUUAUGAUGACCACAGAGAUCGUUACGAUGACCGCCAUGAUGACUAUGAUGACCACAAAAAUCGUCAUCGAGGAUAACCAUCAGGAUUUUGAUUGAUUUGGGGAUUGUGAUUAUUGCAGCAGUCUCAGUGACCACAGAAAGUGGAGACAAUAAUGGUUAAUUAUGGUUGCCAUAUCUAAACAUUUGAUUUACUGAGGAAGCUAGAAGUUCAUUUUGUUCUGUAUAUAAACAAAUUAUGCAUUAUGAUUUAUGAUGACAUGGAAUUAUUUUUUUUUUGCUGUAAAUUUUACAAAAUUUGCCAGGGGAUCUCAACAAUUCAAAUCAAAGCCACAAUCAGUAAAUUAAUUUUGAUCCAAUUCAUUUUCCCACUGAUUCAUGCAAGUAACACCUUUCAGCUAUACAGAAGCUCAAAUACAAGUACUGUACUCUGCAGUACACAACACAAUUUAUCAUAUGAUAUCAUUUAAAAGACAAAAUCUACAGUGACUUUUGUCCACUUCUAAAAAUGUUUGAUUUUCAGUUACAUCACUGUGCACCAGUGGGUGGGGAAAAACAUAAUCAGUAAGUGGUGGGUCCCAUUCAGACAAACACUCAGUUAGCUCAGAAAAACAUUGGCCCUUAUUCAUCAAAAUUGUGUACAGAAUAGCAGACGUUUGACAACCUUUAACAAUGUAUGAACUCAAUGACAAGACAGCAAGCAAAGGUUUGAGCACAGAUGAUAAAACAGCAUCAGCGCAUGAAAUCAAGUGCAUUCCUACCAGCACCACAUUUAUAUAUCAUUUACACGAAUCACUCCCUAAUUCAUGCAAACGUUCCCAGAGGGAAACAAUAAAAGGACAUCAUUAAGUGUCUCAUGAGCCAGAGGCUGUGGUCGGAGGCAUUUACUUUAGCUUACUGACUUUAUAGUGUUGAAAUUAUGAUGACUGGAAAGAAUAAAAUAGUGUUGUAUUGUAUAUUUUUAGGCUAGUGUCCGUAGUAUAAAAUAAAAGUAGUGUAAUGUCUUUUGAAUGUAACAUGGAAUAGCUGCAUCAUUCGUUUAAACCAUCGUUUAUUUAAUAUAAGUACAUCCACUUCUGUUCUGGACUGCCAUGUGUGCAAAUGAUUAGCAUCGUAGUUAUUUUCAUUCUUCAUUCAUUCACUCUUAUUAUUGUUAUAGAUUAAUGAUUUUGCUGAUCAAUUAAUCGCAAAUCGAGCUUUUUUCAAGUUAUUAAGCUAGUGCAUCCAAAUCUGCACACACUCCUUUCAGAUGUGAGUUUAAUUGCCAAACAUGAAACUGAUGAAUAAUGAAAUUGUGAAAUUUGUAUGUGCUCUUACAUUCAGAUUUAACUGUACACAACUUAGAUGAAUAAAGGUCACUGAGUUUCCUUCAGAAACACGUCAUGAUAAGAAAGAAAAAUGCUGGUUGCUGUGGUUUCUGAUUCCCAUUGACUGUAAAGCUGGAUCUUUGGCUCAGUUUUAAAUGCUUCAAGCUCUGUAGUAGAUGAUUCAGUGCUGUGGCUGUCAUUUUGUUGCUCUGAAGAUUUUGUUCAAUUAGCUUUUUUUAAUAUUGGAGUACAAUCUUAAAUAGAAGGAUCUUCAAAGGUUCUUCAGUACUACUACUACUUAGAACCACUACUGUUCCAUAUAGAACCAUUUAACGCUUAAUGGUUCUUUGCAUGUCUUCCGCCCAAUGACUGCUGGGAUUGGUUCCAGCACCCCCCGCGAACCUGACGGAGAAGCGGCUUAGAAAAUGGAUGGAUGGAUGGAUGGAUGGUUCUUUGCAUGAUGAAAUGGUUCUUUGAUUGGUGGAGUAUCUGUUGUAUAGGACUCUAAAGAGCUAAAAAGUGUUUUUUUAUUGUUGUGAUGUCAAGCUUAUAACAAAAGAAGAACCGUUUUUAGUGCUUUUUAGAACCAUUUUUCAAAAGGUUGUGCAUAGAACCAUAAACGCAUUCUCCAUCAAUCUG